AUGGUUGACCACCCGGUUCAGACGAGCGCUGUCUUCCUUCUUGGCGCGGCGCAACGUACGCCUCUGAUCCCUCCUCCGUCUCCCCCUUCACCCCUUACGCCGAGUGCGACCGAGCCGGCGACUCCAAUCGAGGAGCUCUGUCUCGACGAUGGACCGCUGGGAGGCAGCUUUCAUGAGGACGAUACGCAAGCCCGGCAAAGAGUUGCAGGCGCAGUCCAUGUUUUGAACACAGAAGCAACGGCUCUAAGAGGCCUCACCAACCUGUAUGAAACGGACGCUAUCGUGGGAGCCGGGUUCAAUGCCGCGGUAGACGCCAUCACAAGGCACCAUGGGCAGAAGGGCAAGGUGGUCAUUAUCGGCGUGGGCAAAUCCGGUCAUAUUGGCAAGAAACUUGUCGCAAGCUUUAAUAGUUUGGGGGUCCAUGCAACGUACCUGCAUCCUACUGAGGCGUUGCACGGGGAUCUGGGGAAGAUUGGCAAACACGACACUGUUCUCUUCAUCACGUUUUCCGGAAAGACGCCGGAGCUGCUCCUGCUGCUUCCGCACAUCGACCCGGCCCUUCCGACGAUAGUGCUCACGUCGCACACCCGACCCGAGACAUGCGAAUUGAUCAAGCAGAGGCCGGGCAUGAUCCUCCUGUCGGCGCCGAUCCACGAAUCGGAGACGGUGUCAUUUGGGGUAUCUGCCCCCACCACCUCCACGACAAUGGCCAUUGCCGUUGGUGAUGCUCUCGCGCUAGUGGCCUCGCAGGAACUCCAUCUCAAUGUCUCGUCCACUUUCUCACGUAACCACCCAGGUGGUGCGAUUGGCGCAACCUUUCGGAAGCCCCAAACUAUGAGGGACCUCGCGACACCCAUCUGCGAUAUCACAGUCUCGUCGCCCACUUCGCAGGACCUGCGUGGUGCCGACAUCCUCAAAGCUGGAUACGAUUCCUCGACGGGCUGGGUCCGGGUCGGCAAUCUUCUGGCCUCACCCAAUCGCAUACGGCAGCUCACUUCAACAAACAUGAACAAUCUGCUCUGCGAUCUGCCCUGGUUGUGCGCGGGCAGAUCGGAAUGGAUCACCAUCUCAGGGGACACGAGACUUUCACAGGCUGUGGACUGGAUUCGGGAUAUGCAAUCUUCUCCAGAGGAACCGUGCGAUGAGCACUCCAUCCUGGCGGUUGUCGAAAAAGACGAUAUAAUUGGCGUUCUAGAGGCUGGGCAGCUGUUAAGCUGGCAGGAUUGA